AUGAUAUUGGCUUGCGUGAUUCCUGCGUUUACUGUGAUUAUUCUGGUUGUUAUGGCUAUUAAGGACCAAUAUGACCGUCCACUAAUCUAUGCUUCGAUAGCCCUUGCUUGGCUGUCCACGGCUUGUGGUCUCAUCGGAAUGGUUAUAGGCAUUUACUGGACUCUACAUGGCACAGGCCUCACACUUGGUGCAAGCGGCAUUGCAGCCAUUGUUGGCGUUUCUAUUAAUUUUAUAGGCGCUGCGCUUACUAGUGCCCUGGCAGCACUCUGA